AUGUUUUCAGUCAUGUCAAGAAUUCGAGGACGGCAAAGAAGACCCAGAGGUCAAUCGAGCUGGUACGAUAGCUCAAUGUCUGCUUUAGCAGACCAAGAGGAACGAAUAGAGAUCCCUCCGGAAAAAGUGGGACUUGUUAUUGGACGGCAGGGAAGGAGACUGAAGGAAAUCAGAGAAGAAUGUGGCGUUCAAAUAUUCAUCAAAGAUACUCUUGCUCACUUGCGGGGGACAGCAGAGCAGGUUCAAAGAGCCAAAAACAUGAUUGAAGAAAUCCUGAAUACGGUGAGCACAUACAUUAAUUGUACACGUGAAAGAGCAUCGCAGUUUAUACGCACCACACAUGUUUAACCCUCGGAUGUAAACGCAAAUUCAUACCCCCACCGUGGCCUGUACAAGGCGGGGGGUGUUAGAACCCCUCCCCAGAGUUUUUGAUAUGCUGCAAUAUUUCGAAACGAUUUCCACUUCAGUGGAAAGCCUUUGAUCUUAUCUACAAGAUGAAUUAUAUUUUUGGGUGCUGGCGCUGCUGGAGACCUGUGACGUCACCAUCCGCUGCUGAUGUUUUAUCGUUUAGGAAAAAAACUCCAAAAAAACCUCAUAGGGAGGGGAGGGGGCAAACACCUGUCUUGCCGCAAAUCAGCUAGUUGCAAGUUGUGUGAAUACUGGCUACUGAUUGGAUAAAAUUUCGCGGGAGUCACGCCAUACGAGGGAUCUACGUCACUUGCUACAAUACAGGUUUGCCUUGGGUCGGUAAAACGCGCAACAUAUAAAUUUUUUGUUGCAAAAGUAGAACUGCUAUCCGACUUUCUGCAACAACUUUUUGCAACCUGCAACACUGGCCUGAUUUGUUGCAAGACAGGUUGAUUCGUGGGUGGUGGAACAUGCAACAUCGCUAUUCAACUCGUUGCACGUUUUUGCUGCCCGUUUUACAUGACAGUCAGAAUUAUAGAUCCCUCAUGAAGUACUAGGGCAGCUUAAAACUACACUGAAAAUUAAAAAGAUCUGUUUCAGCCCCAAAGUGUCAAUUCAGCCCUGCAGGCCAAAGUCUGAUUCAGCCCUUCCUGGAGCCAUUUGAGCACAAUCUAGGCCAAAAAGGCUAAAUCAAAAGGUUAUUCCAGCCCACGGUAGGGCCCAUUUCAGCCCUGGGACCAAAUCAGCCCUAGCUAAUUGGACUGUAUUUGCCCUGAUUUAAGGGAGCCAAAUUAGACUCAUCAGAUUAGGACUCACCGAAAUGGCCCUAUUUUUAGGGCUAAAACAAAUCUUUCUGAUUUACAGUGUACAAGACAUGUAGACCGCGAACAUACAUGCCCUCUACAGAAAUAUCCAAGGGAAGGGAUUGACGAGUUAGAGUGCAGAAAGGAUAGAAAAAUAUAUCUAUCAUCUUAGGUAUCAAAAAUGGCCUUAAAGUGAAAUGUUUCGAAAAGACGUGACUUAAGGCUAUCAUUUUAAUUUAUUAAACGUUACACGAAAAUGGAAAGAGGCGAUUUAUUUAUAUUAAAUUAUUAUGUUAAAUGGGUAACAUGCAUUUUUAGGUAACUGAGGUGUACGAGGGGAGUACCGUUUCUGUCAAAAGGAAUGGACCUCGGGGCCAAAUCUCCCCGUAUAAAACUUUGUCGAGUAGAACUCCCACCCCGGAAUCGACCUCGUUUUAUUGCGUGUUCUCACUGGAAUGAAGAGAAGGUCUAUUAGGAAAGGAUGAUACUUCCAAGCCACCUUCAGGGUACCUACUGUUUGCGUGCUUUUCGCAGUUCAUCUUCAUGAAUUAUUAGAAUUAAGAAAACACGGAUUUUCUUUUAUAUUUCUGACAGAACAAUCGAGAAGAAGGUACUAGCUUCAAAAAACUGGAGAACUUACUGAUACCUCAACAUGUGAUUGGUAAAGUUCUUGGCAAAGGACGGGAAAGGUUGCGAACUAUCGAAACUACAAUCGGUGUUGAACUUAAAGUUAUCAACGACACCUUCUACAUCAAAGGAGCGACUAAAAAGGAAGAGAAACAAGCGGAACGCCAACUUAAAGAGGCGGCGGUAUGUCUUAAUUCUAAAGUAAUUAAAAAUACGGUAGAAUUGAAAACAAAAACUUGCAACUAGUAGAGAAGCUUCGUAUCGCGUUUUACCACGCACGAAUCAAACCUGUCACUGAAGAGAGGAUAAGUUUCUUUAUCCUCUCUUGAGCCUGUCUUGCAACAAAUCGGGUCGUUGCAGGUUGCGAAAAGUUAUCCAAGCCGUUUCGUCACUCAUCGUCGGUAAGGUAUAUAAUAGUAUAGAUUUAAAAUCAUACAGGGGCACCCAACGACAAUUUUCGGAAAAAUAUCUGUUCGGAAGACGAUUUGAGAUCUAGAAUUUUCGGAACAUUUGUUGUAAAAUUUAUUGCUUGCCUACCUCUCCUAAGAUUUUCGAACAUCUAAAAAAUAGUAUAAUUGCCUAUUUUUAACGGAUUUUUACCCUAAAAAGGUCACCUAGAAUUUUCGGGAGCCUUUUUUCUGGCUGAAAUUUUCGAAAAGGCGAGUUUUGAUCCCUAUAAUUUUCGGAUCACUAGAUUUUCAGCUAGGAAAUCCGAACAGAUGAAAAAUUUUUAGGGGAUAAAAAUAUGCCUUUAUCUACCGUUUAAAUACUAAAAUACGUUUAACAAUGCUAUGUUGGUUUUGAACUAUAUUCUCGUUGGGUGCCCCUGAUCAUAGCUGACAAGCACUAGCAGAAUUGUAACUUUGAGUACAAAUCUAUCUCAACAAUUGACCUUCAAUUUCUAGUUAAUUGUAUGUAAUAUCUUUAGUGUUUUUUGAUCCAUCAGAACCUCGCAUUGAAACAGUUACAGAGGACCACGCGUUGCACGAAGUUUGUUUAUGUAGACAUGGCCCAGCUGACAGAGAAUCAUGAGUUUAAGCUGACCAUUACACCACCGCGCAGAACACAUGUCAGCUUAGGAGAAAAUUCUUACAAACUUGAACUUCUGGAGCAUCCUUUGAAAGAGGUACCUUUUUUAUUGUCAUUAAAUUUGUUAAGUGUAAUAUUUGCACUGCAAGUUAUGGGAGGGAACCGCGACUGCCCGGACAUUCAAACGACACCGGGGGAGGAAGGAGGGGCGAGACUUUGAAGUCACCUCCACUGAACUCCGUUGAACUGGCCAAGACGCCGACAAAAACUUAAGCAAUUCCAAGCAAGGACCGCGAUGAAUCAUGCCACUAGCGCGCAGGCUCGACAUGACAGAAUUUAAGUAAGAUUCUUAUUUCCGUUACGGGCUUAUUAUCAUGUAUCAGAGAAAAUAGUUUAGAUAGCAACCGAAACAGGAGCCAAAAACAUUGUAGAGUUUUAUCCCUUCGCUAUAAUUCGUUACGUACUAUAUCAAACAUGAGACGCAGUGUUUCAUCACCAGAUGAAACACCGAGAAAAGAGUUGAAAAUACGACGCGUACCGGAGUAUUUUUGACGAACUUCGAGGUGUUUCAUCUGGUGAUGAAACACUGUGUCGAAUGUUUGAUAUUUCUUCUCAAACAAAAUCAUUUUUGAAGGAGAAAUUAAGGAUGCAAAAAUGAGCAGUUUUUCAUCCGAUAUCCAAACACUCAUUAAACAUUAAUUUCCUUUGAAUUUUCUUUACGAAUUAUUAAUGAGUUUGAGAAAGUUUGACUAAACAUUUUGCACAACAAACCGUUAUUUCUAGUUAUAAAUAGUUACACACCGAAAAUUUUAAAUAUAGACCAUGAAUUUUAUAUUUGAACAGGAAACAUAUCUUGGAUUUGGAAACGUAGACAGAAUAAAAGAAAAAGUUGUUGAAGUUUUAAGGCAAAUUCAUGGAGAGAAGAGGGAAGAAGAAGUCAUGGUUGACAUGUGGUGUCAUUUUGGUCACGCCUACAUUACCAAGAUUGAUGAGGGUGAGAGUCUAGAACGUUUCUACAAAAAUACAUUUAAAAAACCGCAUCUAGGAACCUGAGGCUUUAAAAACCUGAAAAUUGCCAUUUUAAUGACCAAAAAUAUGAUAACCUGUUAAGCCAAGCAAGGUCAAGCAAGAUCAAGCAGGCUCUUAUAUGUGGGUUACAGUUAAAUCAUGAUAAAGAUCAUUUUUAACCAAGGCCAGAGUUUGCCUCGAGUUUGACAAGAUUGCAAAUUCACGUUAGAAGAAAACAGCAUUAGAUAUGCACAUUCUGUAAUAACCUCUGUUAGGCUAAUCACGAUAAAAACAGUUGUAAAUAAAUAAAUAAAUACAAAUAAAUAAAAACUGAGUUGGAGGUAGCACACCCAUAAAGUAGUUCUUCGUGUACCUGAUUUAUGGUCAAAUUGGAAUUUGGAAUUGUUGGUUUUUGAGGAGAGGGGAAAACCGGAGUACUCGGAGAAAAAGGUCUGGAAGCAAAGGAGAGAACCAACAACAAACUCAACCCACAUAUGGCGUUGACGCCGAGAUUUGAACCCGGGCCACAGUGGUGGGAGGCAAGCGCUCUCACCACUGCGCCAUUCCUUGCUCCCAUUUUUGAAUGCAACUGCAAACCCAAGUUUGUUUAUUCUUCUGAUGAUCAACAACUAUAUCUCCUUCGUAGAAAAGACGAACCUAAUUAAGAGCCUACUUAGCUCAAGUUGUCAAUUACUAUCCCAAAGGUUCAUAAGCCCCGUGCCAAUAAACUGACGCAACAUUGUUGGCCAAUGGAUGUUACAUGUUACGUCCAUUUGCACACCCUGUUGCAUGUUGUUGCGUACGCGUGUUGUUGGGACCGGAGUAUUUGCGCAAAGUUUGAAACCGGUCAAACUUUCUUUGAAAUUCGUGAUCGCUGAAGCGUAGGGCAACAUUGUUGGAUCCGUUUGUACAGCUUUCCCAACAUUCUUGAGGCCUCGCACGCGUAUUAGGUGUAGUUUACAAAGUCUCAUGGGCUGCAUCCUUCCCACGAUACACUGAAGGUUCCAGCAUUGUUAGGAAUUGUUGCAUCCGUUUGCGCACCACUGCCAACACGGACGUAACAACUCCCAACAUUGUUGGCCCAACAGUGUUGGAGGUUGUCGCAUCCGUUUGCACGUAGCUUUACAAACGGAUUUUUACUGCGAUGGUUGACGAUGACUGAAACACUUUUUUGUUUCUUUUACAGACGAAUUAGAGGAAACAUUUACGCUGAAGGAAGUACAAGAAAAACUUGAGAUUGAAACUAGCAGAACUUGGAAGUCCCUUUUCAUCGAGGGCGUUGAGGACAUGGAGGUUGAAGGAGUUGAAAAGCAUCUCCCAUCUAAAGCUUCAAAAGAGGACAUUAGACAUGAUUUCACCUUUUAUACCCCUUCCUGUAGGGAUGUUCGUGUUAAGGUAUUGCAUGGUUUCUAAUAUCUAGCAGUCGAUUGAUGGAAGUAGGUUAGUGAUACGGUGGCUCCAUUUUAUAUAUGUUAAUACGUUUACCGCUAAGUCAUGUGAUCUGUCUACCCUCUCAAAAUAAAGAACAUUGUAUUGUAUUGUAGUGGUCUCCAUUAUAGAGCGUUUUCACUCACGUGGCCAGCAUCCAUGCUAAUUUAUUGGAACAGAAGAAAGCAUUUACAUGAGAAAAGAGUUAAACUCCCAGAGGAUUUUCUGGGUUCACCAACAUGGCCGCCGUUUCAUUGGUUUGGAACAUCAAUAUGGCCGCCGUGACGUAAUGUGAAAACGCUCUAUUUUUAAGUGGUCAAGGAAUCGUUGCGAGACACUUUUACUUCAUUUAAGGGAAGGGAACAAUGAGAAGGAGAGAGGGAAAAGUAAGAAAUUCCCGCGCACAUCUUCCAUGCGCUUCCCUCGUUGACUAUAAACGAGGAAACAAAACCUGGAAACGCCUGGGGAAAGUUCAGCCCCGUUUAUAUAGUCAUUGUCUCAUAAGGUCUCUUUCGAGUCUCUUAGUUUCGACCAGAGACGUUUAAGAAUCUUCCUCUUAGAGUACCGCAUUUUUCAUGCAGAAAAAAUCUUAUGCUCGUGAAACAACUGCUGAUCUCACUGUCUUGCAGUAUCUCAUUUACAUUUUAACUCUUAUUUUCUGAUUAGUCUACUAAAUAAUACGUUUUUUCUUUGCUGUUUGUGUGAAAAAGGCUUGGCUUAUGGAAACAGAAGGCGAAGCAGCAUCCGCCAUGGCAUUUUCACGCGGGACACCCAUCACUGUAAAGAACAUCCUAACGCGUGUGGUGUCUGAUGAGCGAGGAGACACUUCUGACACGCCAUGUUUUCACAUCUGUUCUCGGUCUCAAAACCGAUUGAACGUGGACAUAUUGAUUCCUUCUAAGGACCUCGAUUGUCGUUUGUCCAUUAAAACAUGUAAGAGAGUCAUUCGCGACUUUAGAAACGAGAAAGAAACUGGAUCGAGAUAACUUUCGCAAAGACUUAUGCGACUGUUAGAAGCUUUGGACUGUUUCUAGGGACAGCGAGAAAAAGUAGACAAUUCACAUAGACCUUUUCAGCAGUAUUUUCUAUUUUUAUUUAUCUGGAUAUUUAAUUAGACACAAUAUCUAUUUUCUUAACAUCGUUUUGCUGCUUUUUUUUUCUGACAAGGCACUAAUUAUGCCCCAAAAACGCCUCAAGACGAAGAAGAAGACAAAAUCUUAGAAGAUUACCUAAUGGGAAUGAAGAUCGAGGGUGGCCAAUUAAGCCUGCGGCCAGCUUCAGAGCUCCAGGAAGGGUUUGACCUGUUUUACAAGCGUCGUAGUCUGCGAAAGACUUAUCAGUAUGAAAUGGACGGGGAACAGUUUAGCUUGACUGUUUGUAAAGAUCAAGCAACAAAUGUUUGCCCUUAUAAGCCUGACGCUAGCAACAUCGACGAAAUUCCCGCAAAGGUUAGCUACGUUUUUCAUCUUUGGUGAAUAAGCUUCGUAAUGGACUAGUCAACUCUCUGAAAAUCAGCGGCGUAGCCAGAAUUUUUCUAGAGGUACGCAAAACGUUUCCACAUCUUCCUGCCUCCCCCUCCCCUCAACAACAACGUUUUCAUGCUCUAUACAUUCAGCUUGCCGCUAGCCUGUGUACAGACGUCCCCCCUCCCUCAGAAAAAAAUACACAGGCACACAUAGGCUAGCUUGCCGCUAUCUGCGCGCUUUUUCCCGCCUUUUUCUCUAAACUGUAUCGUCCCACCUAUGAACCACGCGUCGCUUCUCUGGAAAGUGACCACGUCCGUUGUUUUAGAAAAAAUAUUAUUUAAGAAACAACCAGAGUCAAAUGAGUUGAGGAAAAUUGCGCUUUUUAAAUUUAUUUCCUAUUUGAGAUAAUUGGAUUUGUCAUUUUAUUUUAUCUCAUGUUAUUCUCUUACCCUCGAGACUUUUUCAGUUAAGCACGUGUGUACAAUGCUUCCAGGAAGCUACGCCCCUGAAAAUCAGGACUCCUUUAACAGAGCUUAGAGUGUCAUCACUUGCACCAAAAGCCUUUUCAGACCAGGUUAAUCGAAUUUCAAGCCUACAAGUGAAGUCCCGCUCAGCCAUGGUUCAAUGAACCAGGGUUUGCUUGAGUCAAAUCAGCCUUAUUUAUUGUAAAUUGCCAAACCUGACUCAAGCCAGGCUGAAAGAUUGGAUAAACUAUAAGCUUAAAAACAGGCUUGACAUCGACUGUAUGAAUAUUAGCCGUACAUCCCUAGCUAGUUAGUGGAUCUUGGAUGAAUUUCCUUGGGCCUUCCUUGACUCUCUGGACUCUCAGUUUAAAGAAAAUGAAGGGGACGUGACAAAAGAAACACUGUCGGGACCAUGGUUUUGGUGCUUUUCUCUCAAAAGAUCUCUGUAUAUAAGGGUGAACCGACUGACCGUCAUCAUAAAGGUGACGUGCCAAAAACUGAGACGACCAACUACAACGACAAUCCAGGGUAAAAAAUAACAAAAGCGAAGAGGUAUAACCUAUGAGGACCACCAACAAAACUCAUAGAUGUCAGGAUCUAAGUGUGCCGGAAAAAUCGACCAAGACUGCCAUAUCAAAUUCUGUUUGAUGUUGAAUUUAUCAGUUUUUUUUUUUUAAAUUAACGAUCGAUGAUGGUGUUUUUGAAAUGUUCAAUUCAAUUCGUCAAUUUGUUAGGGAAUUCGAGUGUACUACAGGAAUCACAGUUGAGAUAAAGGAGUGAACCCUCUGUAAAUCAUGCAGGGACUAAACUUAAGGUCCAAAAAGUUGAUCAUUAUGAAUGUUCAACUAUAGCGAACCUAUUUCAAAUCUCAUUCCUUUGUUCUGUCAUACAUUUUUUUCUUUUUAAAAUUCUCAUCUUGGCCGCUUUUCUGUUUUAAUCCCACUAAUUCACAGUAUUAUUUUCCUGUAUCUAUUAAGAUUAUACUCUUAAUUUGCUAUGUUCGUUUUCUACCAAGUGUUUUGAAAACUUCGACUUUUUGUGUAGGCUGACAUACACCUUCACUGUGAAGAGUGGGAUCGCCUCCUCAAUGAGGGAAACUGGGAACCAGAACAGAUUGCCGACAAGCUACCCGCUUUCCUGAAGUUUUUGAGACAAGUCCAGAGCAGUGUAGCUGUUAGUCACGGCUGAUAUAUUGACAUUUGAGAAUUAAAGAUGGUGAACUAGCCGAACAAGUUGAUGAAUUUAGCACAUAUUCAAGGAUGGUAUGGCCACUGAUAUCAGAUGCUUUUACAGAUAACACAUAUACGUAUAUUUAAGUGAUAUGCAUUGUUGUCUACCAGGACACCUUAAUGCACGCAGAUUGCUCAUUUUUGGAAUCCGGGGAAUAAAUCUUGCGUGUUCCUUUCUUAUUUUCACUCUCAAACAGUUCCCGUAAAUCAAUCGAUCCAGUUUUGCCCCCACGAAGAGAGUUUUAUAACCUUUUAAAAGAUUGACUGAAUGUGUUUCUUUUUUUUUUUUGAUGUCGUAAGUUGUUAAAAUAAGUUGGGCUACUUUGUAUAACAUAGAACGCCACGAAUUUCCUAGAUUCUUCUUUGUUCUUAGCCUUGCAUUAGGUAGUGGAAUGAUGUCUCAUGAUAAGCAUUUGACACGUAAAGGCUAAAUGUCAUUCUUGACCGAAAAGCCAGUCCAGUUAUCAUAGCUAUAUAUCAGCUGUAUUGGUCUUGUUUUUUUAGUGCGACAGUACGUUCCAGCAUGAAUAAGGAAGUAUCCCUCACCCCAUCCCCCGGUUCCGCCUAACACAUACGUAUCAAGAGAAUUUGAG